AUGUCCGCCGAUGGACCCGAGGCGCCGCGGGGGUUCUGCGCUCAAUUGGCCGCGUUCAUCGCACCAUUCGUCGCACCCUUCGUCGCUCCUCGACGUCGAGGCUGGCGUCCGCUAGCUUUGCGCCCGCCCUACCUCAUCUCCCUCGUCUCCCUUCUGCUGUUCAUGUUCCUGGCCCUCGAGGCUCUACGACAAUAUAGCCAUCGCAGAGGCGGUUUGGUCUUCUUCAGUGAUACCGACGAGGUCUCCGCCCUGCAGUCAUUCGCCUAUAACUAUGUGCCUAUUAUCGUUGCCCUCGUGCUAGUUAUGGUCUGGACGGUCACCGACUUCGAUGUUCUGCGCCUCGAGCCGUAUUUCCAACUCUCCCUACCCCAAGGUGCGCCCGCCACGGUUCUGUUCAUCAACUACAAUUUCGGUCAGACGAUCUUAACUCCCAUCAAUGCGGCCCGCCGUCGGCACUGGGUAGUCCUAUGGGUCUCGCUGUUGACACUCUCGAUUCGCAUGAUUCUGCCGGCCCUGCAAAGUACAGUAUUCGAACUACGUGAAGUCACUGUGAGGAACAAAGUCUCGAUGAAAAGCUGGCCGGACCUGGCGAACCUCGAAAUGCAAGCAACGUGGAUGUCGACCCAGGCCAACAACACCGUGGAUUCGAUUCUGUCAGCAGACGAGCAAGCGCGCCGAUCGCGGUCAACGGAAUACGCCAUCGCUCCCGUGGAGAUUCCCGACAGCGCGCAUGAGGAGGAAGAUACGCUCUGGAAUCUGGAACAAGAAGUCUACUGGGCCCAGGUCACAUGUGAAAACAUGUCCCUCGACAACAAAUUGUCUGUCACGAUCAGCACACCGGACCAGGGAUAUCCCACCGUGUCGUGGAACGCCUCUGGCAUUGAUCUCAAUGAUGCCUAUGGCCAUUCCACUUCGUGCAAGCUGGAUUUUGCCUACGACAGCGUCUUCUUUCCCGCCACGGAUUAUCUUCAAGUUCGCUACUGGGAACCCGUCAUCAGCACUGCCGCCGAAUCCGUAUAUCGAAAUCAAUCCCGGGCGUUCAAUGUCACCGGAUGUGACCCCUACGAUCUAUAUGGUAUGCUCAUCGCCGUUAACGCAACCGAGCCCGAGUCCGAUUCCGCGUCCUCGAAUGAUACUUCGUACGCAGCAUCCGGGGUUGCCUUUGCCUGCGACAUUACAUACCACAAGGCCCAAGCCCGUGUCUCCAUGCAUUCCAACAGUUCCAUUGAAAGUCUUCACAUCAAAUCCGCCACGACCCAAACUCUGACCAGCUCAGAGUUCAACAUCGACCACUUCCAAGCCCUCCUCUCCCAACGGGCCCCUUAUACCAGCGAUAUGCUCUUCAUUCGCGACAAUGCCACCACCGGGGGUCGCACCGUGACAGAACUGCCCGUGAUCAGCCAGGAACUCGGCGAGCUCCAACCGCUCCUCGUCCUGGACACGUCAACUUUGAUGACCGAGACCGAGUUUGAAUCAAAGAUCACGCGAGAUGUGGAACAAACCUUUGUCCUCACCCUGGGCAGACUGUUUGAUCCCGACGUUCAUCCCACCAUUGUUUCAGCGACUCGAGUCUCCAACCAAGUUGCCAUUGCCGUGGUGGAAUUCGCUGCCCUUUGGUCCGAACUUAUCUUGGCAUUGGCCACUUUGACCGCUAUCUAUCUACUCUUCCUAUACCGCUCACGCGAAACAUUCCUCCAGAGUGACCCUGGCUCCAUCGGCGCCAUGUGCAGUAUCGCGGCGGAUAUUUUUCAUCCCUCCAAUGUCCUGGCCGAACCUCAUGUGGAGUUUCACCAAUUCUCCACUCGCCAGAUGCGUCGUAUAUUCAAGAAGGCUCGCUGUUAUUGGCGUUCUGAUGCGUCUGGCAACAGACUGGAGAUUCUCGCCGAGGAUGGCUCGCCAGUGCAACUCGGAGAGGAUUUACGCGUUCAUGCCGACCCGAUGCCUCACUUCUUGCUCAUACCAUUCUUCAUUGUCGAAUUUCUCGCCCUGGCAGGGGUCAUCAUCUUGAUGGCGCUUGUGGUCUCUUCGCUUGCCCGAGAUGGCAAAUUCAAACAUCUGACGCAAAACGAUUCCACGUCUUUUCAGGUCGUUCUCUCCGUCUUGCCCUCUGUUGUGGCAUCCUCUGUCGGCUCCUUAUGCACGUCCAUCCACCGGAAUCUCAGUGUACUCGAGCCUUGGGUCCAUCUUCAACGAGGAAAGGCUUCCGCGAAACUCUCCCUGUCGCUCAACUAUUCCUCCCAGAGCCCAUUGGUAGUCCUGUUGAAAGCGAUUCGCGACCGACAUCUCUUGCUCGGCCUGGUUUCCUUCGCAUGUUUUGUGAAUAUGGUUCUUACGGUCGUGGCGGGUGGAUUGUUCACUCAGGAGCUGACAUCGUCCACUCUAUCGACGCAAGAUUUGACCGCCAACUACAGCCACUCCGUAUUUUGGCGAACUGACUUUGCGGCGGAGUUCACCGAGUAUGACUUGAUUCAGACAAGCAUCACCAGUGGGGUUCCUAUGCUGUCUUGGACGAGCCCAAACCAGUCAUUCAUCCCGCUUCAUAUCCACAACCGUAACUCGGAUGUGAUGUAUGGCGCAACCACCCUCGGCGUCGGGUCCCACUUGCAAUGCUCCCAGCUCUCCCCAGCCAGUGGUCUGCAGUAUAACACAACCGCUGGUCGUCAAUACUGGCGGUAUACCAUGUUUGACAAUUCAUCCCAAGAGUGUUUUGCUGCCAUGCCUACACCGAAGAAUAAGAAUGAAGGAAUUGCUCUGUCCAUUCAAUUUCUCUCUGCUAGUGAUACGAAUCACUCAGACAUCUGUCAGACCUCGAGUGUUGUGGUGGUUGGCCGCUGGAAUUACAUGGCUGACACGGCAAUUACGGAUAGCAACACGAUCGCCUUACAUUGCGAACCACACGUUCAGCUGCAAAACUACUCAGUCUCGUUUGACCAAAAGGGUCAGAUCCAGGACCAUGAUCCCAUUGCAAAUACAUCCAUCACCACAGGUGAAAUGUAUGAGAAUGCGACCGUGAGUUUGGGACAGUUCAACAAAGUAUUUGUCGCUAUUCCCGAGAGUUAUGUGGGGAACACCACCGCUCAAAAUGGGACUUAUAACAUUUCUUCCUACGACUGGGCUGGGUUUCUUGUGGCACGCUUGUACGAGCGGGACGAUCCGGAUUUCGAUUCUCUUGAUAUUGAUCGGUUUACAGACCUCACUCAGGUCGUCUACCAGUGGGUCUAUGCCACUUAUUUCUCCAUAUGGCAUGAUAUCUACCUCCAGCCACUGGAACACCCGCAUACUGCGACCAAUGCCACUGUAAUCCGGAGUACCUGGGGCAUGGUGCCAUCAGUGCCAUCACUUGCCAUUGCUUUGAUCAUCAUCGCCUUUGACACGCUAGUCGUCUUGGUGGUCUUUGGCACUCGUCACGGCCGGUUCCGAGGCCCACGAAUGCCACGGUCCAUUGGCGCGAUCAUCCCCUGGAUUGCACACAGCCGCAUGCUCGGCGACUUCAGCGACACUCACAAGUGGACCAACACUCAGCGCCGUGACCACCUGUCAACCUUGGACAAACGGUACACCUUCCGACAAUUCAUGGGCCCUGAUGGUCGUUGGCGCUUCGCAGUAGAUGAAGAGCCCCCGGACGUCAAAGUACCACCACAAUCACCACCAUUCGAAAACCCGCAGCCCGAUCCGUCCCAAGAGGAAUCCGAUUCAGAAGCGGGUAAAACGACGUCCAUCCAACUGCAAGAGUUACCAAACCAGCAGUCCCGGGCGCGAAACUAA